AAGGAUUUCUGUCAUCUUCUGCUUCUGGGAAGAUGAAGCCCAUCUUUUGUGGGAAUUUUGAGUAUGACGCACGCCAGUCUGAUCUUGAGCGGCUUUUUAGCAAAUAUGGAAAGGUUGACAGGGUGGAUAUGAAGUCUGGUUCGUUGUCAUUCCCUUUAAUUUAUCAUUUGUUUGCAGAUUGCAGUAUGUUAGCUGAGAACCUAUGGUUUUCAUUUACUCCUCUACCAUCUAAUAUUUAUCACCAGUCCAUAUUUUUUUGUUCUGUUGGCUGGUUCUUGUCGUCUUUCCUCCCCUUUUUUCUUGUGGUUUAGAUUGAUUUUUUAAACUGUUCUAAUUGAUGUGAAACAUUUGGAGCAGAGAGCUAUUGAGUCUGUUCAAGUUUUGGUUGUUAAAUUUAACUAGAGUUCUCAAUAUGAUGCUAAGAUACCAAUCAUUUUUAGUAUUGUACCACAGAAGUCUACAUAUCCACUAAUAUUGAGAUAUCAAAGGAUGAUGAUUUGUGAGUAUCUGGGUAUCAUAUGUUCCACUCUUACGUAUACUAAAUUUAAUCAUAAUGCCCCCAAAAAUUUGAUUCAUGAUGCCCAUUUAGGGCAACGCUUACAUGGAAUUGCAUAUGGAAAUUGGGAUUCUCAAUUUUAAACACAUCAAAUCUGCAAUUGCCCGCAAUGGAAGAAGAGUGAUGUAUGGUGGUAGUUUGCAUAAAUUCAUUGUGGCGGUGGAUCCUUCAGCAUUAAGUCAAUUCAGCAGGGACAAAUUUCCUCCCAUUAAGGUGGUCAAAUCUAAGCGUGUUUCUGCAUUGGUUCUUCGCUAUUAUGAUUGCAACAGUGUUCAGAGUUCCAGACAACAUGAUGCGGAGAUUGCAGUCCUUCCUUGUUGGGUCUUAGUGGGGGUUCAGGAUAUGUUUAAGCAAAGCAAGUCUGUUUUUUGCAGUGUAAGCCCCCGUACUCAAAUAUUUCUUUGGCGCAGGAAUAUUAUGAAAAUCCAAUGUUUUCCUGGCUGAUGGAGGGGCUAUUAUGACAUAUCUUUAUUGCCGUGCCCGAGCUUCAUCUUCUUGUGUUUUUCAGAAGAGCUGAUCUGAUCUGCCAUGGCACCACCAUUCCACAUUUUCCCAAGAGACCAUUGCCUUUCAUUCCUCAUGACCUUCGCCCAGACUUCAUUUUCAGACAUGUCUCAAGGUAGAACCCUUGCUGAUCAUGUGGCCAGAGGCAGCAGAAUAGAUGGAGAAGGCACUCUAUGUUCGUUGACUUACCAUGAGACACCCACUUUUGGCUUGUUGUUGAUUGACAUCAUUUAGUUCACAUUAAAGGAUUUGCUUUUAUCUAUAUGGAUGAUGAGCGAGAUGCUGAGGAUGCAAUACGGGCACUUGACCGGGUAGAAUUUGGUAGGCAGGGGCGACGGCUACGUGUUGAGUGGACAAAGCAAGAACGUGGUAUAAGAAGACCUGGGGGUGGGGGUUCAAGACGAUCUGCAGCAGCUAAUAUGAAACCCACCAAGACCUUGUUUGUUAUCAACUUUGACCCAGUUCACACUAGGACGAGGGACUUGGAGAAGCACUUUGAUCCGUAUGGAAAAGUACUGAACAUAAGGAUCAGAAGGAAUUUUGCUUUCAUUCAGUAUGAAUCACAAGAAGAUGCAACCAGAGCACUGGAUGCAACAAACAUGAGCAAGUUGAGGGAUCGAGUUGUUUCUGUGGAAUAUGCUGUUCGAGAUGACGAUGACAGGAGAAAUGGGUACAGCCCUGAUAGAGGUCGUGUCAGGUCACCUGAGAGGAGGAGCCGUGAUCAUGGGCGAUCGCGAAGCCCUUACCGAAGGGAGAGAGGUAGUCCUGAUUAUGGCCGUGGACCUAGCCCAUAUUCUAAGCCUGAACCAAGGGCAAGUCCUGAUUAUGGAAGAGCUGAAAGCCCUGUCUAUGAGAGAUAUCGCAGCCGCUCACCCGCUGCACGCGAAAGAUCUCCCCCUGCACGUGAAAGAUCUCCCCCUGCGCGCGAAAGAUCUUCCCCAGCACGUGAAAGAUCUCCUCCAGCACGCGAAAAAUCUUCCCCAGCACGUGAAAGAUCUCCUCCAGCACGCGAAAGAUCUCUAUCUCGAUCUCGAUCUCGAUCUUGAGACCCACUGUAGAGCUCAAGAGAUUCCCCUUGAGUGGGCGACUUGGGACUUGGCAUCAGCAGUUUCAUGUAGCAAUCUUAGGUUGUGAGAGAUGCUUGUAAACUCCUGGAUUUCAGGAUUAUAGAUUAUGUAGCGCAGAGCCAUGGUUUGUAGGGUUGAGUUUAUUUGAUUAGCUUUGUUGGGAUUCUUUUUAUCUUCUUGGAAAUCCCAUUGACACAACUUGCAAGAAGGUAUACUUUAUCGCUUGUUCUUCUUAAAAA